AUGACUGCAGAAGCACACUCGCCAGCUGAAGUUGACCAAGUGCUGCGUGAUAUAGCGCUCAAGAACCUACAGCUGCGCCGCAUCACUAGUGUCCUGCUGGUGGAUACCGAGUUUCUGCGCCUUUGUGAAAAAUUCGACGAAGUGAAGCUUACACUCGAACAGGCCUAUUGCCAGCAGAUAGAUCGAUUAUCCAUCGAUAGUGAAACGGUGGACAUUAUUUCAUCGCUGGAACUGAAGGUGAAAUUACUGCAGCGUUUAAGGAGAGGCGUGUUGGACCGGAUAGACAGAUACAACGACGCACGAAAGGAAGACCCACCAGAGCUGCAGGAAAAGAGGUUCAAGGAACGGUUAGAGACAGCACUUAAACAGCUGGACAGAACACACAAGCACUUUCGACAGAGCGUUUUAGACAUCACUUGGGCUGUCGGUGAUAUUCACCAACUGGAGGAAAUUGAAUCGUUACUGAAAAAGACCGAUUUUUUGCACAGCAUCGUUUGCAAAAACCAUCGGAACUGCUUGCACGUUCUGCCAUCCACCAAUCUUGACCACACCAUUGAGCUCAGCUGUGUGCGGUUACAGUUUGCCGCUAAUUCGCUUCUAGUUCUCGUCCUGAUUGAUUUCCGUGAGCUACUCAACACGAUGGAAAGCGAGGAGAGUAUUCACACGAUGCAUGCUAAGCUGCAGGACGAGAUACGACGUUCGUGGAAUGAUAUCCAGGUGAAUGAGGAAGAACUGGUAUCACUACGUCAGAAACUGUUCUCCUCGACGGACAGUCUAACAGCGCAGCGCGCCAUUGCAAUUCAAGAGCGAGAAAAACAUGGAAUUGAGCUACAGGAGCACUUGCGCACCAUCGACCUACUCGAACUGAAUCGGCAAGAAAUUGAAGGUCGUGUUACCCGGUUGAUCGAAGAAAGGGAGGUAAUUCAGCAGCAGUUGGAUGAACGACGACGUCUACUUCAGGAUGCUAUGCACGAAAUUGUCCGCUUAGAGAACCUGAUAGAGCAGAUCGAGCGGGAAGUAUCGGACCGUAAGGUCAGGUUCCAAGAGGAAAUUCAAAUACUCGAGCAACGACGAUUGGAUAUCCUCAACGAUGAUACCCUCAGUCCCGAAGAACGAUUAAGGUUAUUGGCUGAGUGUGAUGCAGAAAUGGCUAAACAGCGUCAAUUACACACUAGCGACAUGGAUUUACUCGAAGCUCGUUGCGAUGAGCUGAAACGGCUGUCCAAAAGUCUGGCCGCUGAUGUCGACACAUUCCGUGAUGAAGUAGCGCAGAAGCAUCGUGCCCAGCUCGCCGAGCUAGAACGCCAGAAGCUACUAGCUACGACUCCCUCGCAGAUAGCACUGAUAGAGGCACAGAUGCUGCAGCUGCAGGAAGAAUUUGACGAAAAUCUUACCAUGCUGAACCGUGCUCAGGUUCGCACAGAAUACUUUCACGACGAGCAUGGACGAUACUUUCUCAACGAGGCGGGCGAACGAGUAUACAAACGGGAUUCGCGUGCUUCUGAAUAUCGUCUAGGUGCGGAUGGUGAAUGGAUUAAAAUUGCUUCCGCGCUCAGCCUUCACACGGACGAAAACGGUGUUUACUUUGUGGAUAAAUUCGGACAAAAAAUUUACCAACAACAACGCUUCACCGACGCGCAUGGUGAAUACUAUCUCGAUGAGAAUGGCACACGGGUGUACAGCGGAACACCAACCAAGCCAGUACUGAGUGCAUCGAGUGAGUUUCCCUCUCCAUUCCAGCGCACUCACCAACCUCAACCUAGCUCCAGUUCGCAAUCAUCCAUUGCUGGUGGAGAAUUUCUCGAGGAGUCGGAAUCCACGCAGGAACUGCGGGCACGAGUUGGAACCGAUGUGGCCUACAUCGAGGAAAACGUAGGAGUUGCACUACGGAAAGGAUUGGCAGCUCUGACCCGAACCAAACCGGAAGAUCCAAUCGGUUAUCUGGCGGAUUACUUGGCGCUAUUUCAAAAGAACGCGUUGGAAACAAAGCGCCGACAGCAGCUGCUCGAACGACUUCGUUUAAAUGAAAGAGAUUGGAACAAGGAAAGCCGGAUAUAA